GGAAAGCGAACAUUUUUGAUCAGGUGUCGACAGACGAACCAAAUUCGCUCCGCAGCAGGUAAACAGUCGGGCCGCUGCGAGCUUUUGGCUUUAGUUGAUAAGACCAUAAAUGCGAUACGGGCGUUCUUUUUUUUUCCACGGCAUUCCCUUGAGUCAUUUUCCAGCGAUUCACACACCCAGAAACUACCACUAACAAUAUGGAGAAAGUGUAUCCGGCUGCACCUUUGGAGGCGCCCAAGGGCUCUGGAGAUGUGGAGGCCCAUCCUGCCUCGCCGGAGCAUCAGCAGCUGUUGACGCCACCGGCACCGCCAAGCUAUGACCAGGCCACAGCCACUCCGGCAGAGACCACGGGACCGGGACAGGGAGCAACUCCAGCAACAACAACCACUACCACCCACCACACAGUGGUGGUGGUGCCCAGCUCGCCCUACGGCCCAGAACCCAUGGAUAUCCAGUGUCCGUAUUGCCACAACUACGCCCGGACCCGGAUCUCCUACAAGCCCAACUCGCGCACCCACCUGAUAGCCUUGAUUCUGUGCCUCUUCCAGUUGUACUGCUGCGUGUGCCUGCCGUACUGCAUUUCCAGUUGCAUGAACACGAAUCACUACUGUGGCAUGUGCGAUCGUUACCUGGGCACUUACAACCGCAAGUGAGCUGCGGAUGAGGGUUUCGGCAUCGUCUUGUCGCUCCAUUCAUGUUUACACAUUUUCUUGUAAUUAGUUAAUAAAUGGCCUAAAAAACAA